AAAACGGAGGAAGAAUCAAACCCUCUGCUCCUUCCAUCUUCUCCCCCUCUCAUUCGAUCUCUCUAUCGCCAUCUGCUUCUCCUCGCGCCUUCUACUCCAUUUCUCGAUCUGUCCUUCUCACCUCGUUUUUUUUGGGAACGACAAGGGGAAAGGAAGAAGCGAACGGCGGCAGCGGCGGCGGCGGUAGAGCCGAUGAUGGUUCGAACGACGGGGACAGGAAGAUCGACGCCGAUGAUGGUACUGGCAACGGCGACGGCGGAGGAGGGAAGAAGAAAAGGGAAGCCUACUUGGUUCUUGACAGCGAUGAGCUCAGCAGUGCUAGUAUCGGGGAAAAGAGCCGAGGGAGAAGAAGAAGAGAAGUCGGCGAGCUCCGGUGAAACUGCC